CCCAGGGUGUAUGCAGUGACCGGGUAAGUGCCACUACUGCAGCACACAUUCGGCUUUCCUCUGUAUCAGAAGGGGGUAUGUCUGCCUAGCGGUAGAUGGGUGGCUGGGGGUCUGGGCGGCCUUUGUCGGGGUGGAGCGAAAUGACGUGCGCAGUAAUGGAGGCGGGUGUCACCGGGACACGAUAACCAGCCAGGUUGCUCCGUGCUGGAGGAAAUGAAAGCGCCGGUAGGGGCGCAGGGCGGGCCUGGGGUGGACACCGGGCAGGUGAGAGGGAAGGCGGGCGGUUUGCGGGAGAAUCCGGAGUAAACUGAGGGACAGUGUGUAGAGAAGGCCCUGAAAAUGAUUCCAGUGUAGGCAGCGGUAUAUAAUGCUGCCACCUUUCCGGCCCCUCCCUUUAGGCAUAUCCCCAUACUGAGCACAGCCUGGCACCUCCUUCAUAGAGCACACGCCUUCCUAUCAUCCUGUGUUACACAGAGUUCUAUAACAUUCUCAACAGCCUUCUCUAGAACACAGUGACCGUUUAUGCCCCAUUCUAUUUCUCUAUAGCCCUGUAACCACUUGGUACUCGUUUUACUUCCAUGUAUGUCACUUUUCACCUCACCUAAAUACAUCUCUUAUUUAUUUAUUUUUAUAUUUGAGCGCACUUGAGACCUCUUUUCUAUUCCCAAUUUUAAAUAUGGCUGUCCUGUAAUAUGCUGCUAAGCAUUCAUGUUCCAAGAAGGCAAUAAAUAAAGUGAGACAUGCAUAUACGUUUUGUUUGUGAACAAAGCAAAUAAUUUAAAAUACCUCCAAUGUUAAACAUUUUAUAAUAAAAUAACAUUAAUCUCUGACAUUAAACUGGGAUCAAAUGGCCCCACAAAUGUACCCCAUGAAAAAACCACCACACACAUCUCUUGUUUCUAGCGUUAACAACGUACCGCUCUCCACUUCUACUGGGAUGUAUGUCUCUUUAAUUCACUCCACUGUGUGACUUGCUGACUAAAGUAGGCGCUUAAAAUCAUUAUGUGAUAGCUACACAUGGAUGUUAGAAAAUUUUUUUUUUAAAUCAGACUCUCCAGACAGUAAAAACAAUAAAAAUGAUCGUAUUAUGAAAUAAACAUGAACAAAUAUUGCAUUAUUUUGAUGUAUAAAUUGUUAAUAUAAUUUGUGGGUCAUUUUAGCCUUAUGCUGUAGUAUUUUGCUUUUCAUAAUCAACCAGUUUAAUUUUACAAACCACAAAUUCACAUAUCUGAAAUACUUAUUUGAUGUUUAGCUUUUUUUUUUUUUUUCUUCUAGGCCAAAUCCAAACUAUUGAGCGUGUGUGUGGGAACAGGGAGGGAUGCUGCAAUUUGUGGUUUGCAGUAUUAUUUGAAAUGUGUUCCCUUUGAAAUGUGGACUUAAUUAUGGGGAAUUUUCUAACCUUACAUUUCCUUGAGUUUAGUCACUUGAACAGUUCUGGAAUAAAAUUCAAAAACAUAUGUAAAAUAAUAUGCCUUUAAAAAAUAGCAGGUAUUACAAGGAAAUGUCAAAGUAAAAUAAAGCAUUUUUUCUACGCUAACAAUCCUUUCUACAUACAAAAAAAUUAUCAAAACUAAUUUCAACAUGGUGUUUAGGUAAAGAUGUGUUUAUUCUCUAAAUGGAGGUGGGGGGAGGGGUGUGUGAAAAAGGGAUAGCAAAGUUUAGUCCAACAUAGCCUAACUAGGUAGAAAAUGCUGUCUUCGAAAAUUAUUUUUAAUAUAGAUAUUUUUUGAUGAGUGUCAUCCAUUUCUCUGUUACCCACAAUUCCUAGUUUAGUGAUUAUACGCCUUUUUGUGUGUGUGUGUGUGUGUGUGUGUGUAUAUAUAUAUAUAUAUAUAUAUAUAUAAUAUUAUUUAUUUUUUUUCUGUAACUUUUUCUGAGGUGAGUGUCCCCUUACCAAAAAAAGUUACAAUGUAUUGUGUGUUACACAAUGGGUGUAAGAAAUCAGACAGUAAACAUGAAUAGCAAUGAUGGCUAUCUGAUCAGGGGGUUGGUCCUGCUGUGAUAUGGUUUACAGCUUCACCCAAAGGAGGGCCAGUGACACGUAAUGGAACAUGAUAACACGUCGUUUUUUAUGUUACUUGCAAACUUUACGCCAUACAGGAACAGCAAGUAAUGCAAGCUACAAGCUAGUUGUACUACAUAGCCUGAAACAAGGUAGACAAGUAGGGAAAGAACAUCUUACUAAUAAUAGUAAGUACUAAUAAUACAUGUGCUUCCUGAUCUGUACAUUGGAAUGUGCCUGCACCCAUUCGCUACAUCAGAGUACAUGUUUCAAUCAAUGAAUGCGGCACAGACAUCUGCCCAUUACAUGUGUAACAGUAUGAGGUCAUGGAUGAACUAUUUCAUAAUGUUAUGAAAAAUCUAAUCUAUAAAAUGCCAUUAUGUAAUUUGUUUCAUAAUUAUUUUACUUUUUUUUUUUUUUUUUUACAAAUGUUUUAACUUUUUUGAAAUAUAUCUCUCUGACCCAUACAGACCAAGCCUUUGUGGAAUGUCUCUGAGCACAAAGAUCAAGCUGGUAGUGACAGGAGAUGAUUUUGGGUACUGCCCACGUCGGGAUCUUGGCAUCGUUGACUGUUUUCGUGCUGGUGGUGUGUCUAGUGUCUCCCUUCUGGUUAAUGGGAGCUCUGCAGCUGGAGCAGCUGAUCUAGCACAGAGGUAAGAAGGCAGACGUGGAAAACAAACAAACUCUGCUGUUAUUUUAGGUUUUGCUUCACACGCACACACCACGUAUUCUUAUAUUUAACUCUAGAGAUUCUUUGGUAUUGAAUAACUUUUGAUUUUAAUACAUAUUGUUGCAUAAUGGUUGUAACUUAUCCAUUAUCCUUCACAUUAAACCCUUAAGUACGGAGGCAAUUGUACAAAUUCUGACCAAAACCUAGAAUUUGAGUUAUAUGUUCUCCUCUGACCUCACCUCUUUCAUAUUAAGUGUACCCACACUUAUUAUAUGUAAUUUUGAUCAUGAGUAACAGGGCUUUAAUUUCACAUCACAUAUUUCCAUAUGGAACACAAUUUAAUAUUAAUAAAAUUUAACAAAAUAGUGUGAGAAAUUAAGACAUUUUGUACGGUGAAUGUCAUAAUACUGUUGGCUUUUACUGCAACAAAACAUAUAUUUGUAUGCUGUGAGGUCCCAGGAGUAUAACAAUGAUAUCCCAAUUACAGGUUCCAUGGUGUUUUGGAAAGUCACAGGCUUAAAUAAAGAGCUUGCCCAUUUCGGUUUAUACAUAUUGAAAUUUGACAAAUUGGUUUGCUGGGCCUAUGUUGCCAUUGGGACUGCGGAGCAGCCCAGGAAUGAAAAUUACCCCUAUCAUGACAUACCAUUUGCAAAAGUAGACGACCUAGUGUAUUCAAAAUGGGGUAUGUCCAUUCACAAGUUUGUGUUCAUAUUAUUUAUUUAUUUUUUUUUUGCAUUUUUCACACAAAAACUACCCUUUCACUGAUGAUAUAUUUAUUAUGUUUCACUUUGCGAAAAAACUCAUAUUUGUUGAGUGAUGUCUCACAAGUACAACAGUAACCACCAUGUACAGGUUUUAUGGGGUUUUAGAAAGUUACAGGGCCAAAGACAUGGUUUGCAACUAAAAGGGACACUACAGUGACCAGAACAACUACAGCUUAUUGUAUUUGCUCUGGUGAGUAUAAUCAUUCCCUUCAGGCUUUUUUGCUGUAAACAUUGUCUUUUCAGAAAAAGCAGUGUUUACAUUACAGCCUAGGGAUACCUCCACUGGCCAGUCCUCAGACAGCCACUAGAGGUCUUCCCGGGGCAGUGCUGCACAGGGUCUCCACCCUCUACAUGGAGACACUGAACUUUUCUUAUAGAGAUGCAUUGAUUCAAUGCACGACUAUGAGGAGAUGCUGAUUGGCCAGGGCUAUGUUUGGCUUGUGCUGGUUAUUGCUCUGAUCUGUCUCUCUGACAAGCUCGGGCAAUCCAAUGCUUUCCUAUGGGAAAGCAUUGUGAUUUGCUCAAAUCAACACUUCUGAUGAUAUCAGCAAAGCAGGCAGAUCAGGGGUGGCGCCAGCACCAGCAGACUGCAAUAAAGGUAAGAUUUUACUAUAUUUAGAGGAGCAAGGGGCACCAGGGAGGCUAGAUGAUUUUUGUUAACACUAUAGGGUCAGAAAUACAUGGUUUUUGUUUGGGACCCAAUAGUAUUCCUUUAAAUUCUCUGAACUGUCAGCCAGAUCCCUCAAUAUAUAAAAAAAUCACAUAAAAUAUGUAAUAAUAAUACAUAGACAUACACGUAGAAUGAAAAAAUAAACAAACAAUUUAAAAUCUAUUUAUAAUUUUAUUUAUUUUCCACCACAACUGUGUGCUUUUUAAUUUGUUUUUUAUUAAUUCUAAUUGGGGGAUCUGCCUAACAUCACAGGCAGUCCCCCUGUGGCAGUGAUGUAGACUGACGAUCCGAGUCAUGCGAUUAUGACACGGGUGGGCAGUAUUUGUUGCAGGGGGACUGCCUGGGUUGUCGGGCAGUCCCUUCCGAUCGCAAUGAAAGGUUGGUAUUCAGGAGGGGGGGGUGCUAAGCUGCCCUAAAGGCGGUAAAGUCACCCUUUUGCAGGACUACAUAGCACAUCCUAACGGCAUUAAGGGGUUAAAGGAACACUUAAAACACCAUAACCACUGCAGCCCAUUGCAGGACCAAAGUAAGUUGACAAAUUGUACUAAAAUGGUUUGACCUUAUGGGACAGUGCCAGGGCAUUUCUUGCACCAUAUCCACUACAGUUCAAAGUUGUGGUUAUGGUGCUUGGGGUGUUUCUUCAGAGAGCACCUGUCAUGACUAAUAUUAUGUUUUGUUUUUCUUUUAAUAGGGAAUAAACUGUAUCAAAUAUAUAAUAUGUAAGCUGAGCACAUGAAGCUUGCCCGUCCUAAGUGAUGAGGUGUAAAAAAAAGGGUUUUGCUUACGUUUAUCCAGUACCGAGUCUCAUUUAGUGCUGCCGCCUGCCUAUCCUCUUGUGAUAUCAUCCAGCAGGCAUAACCUCCUUGGCUUCUUGUCUAAUCCAGUGCUUCCUUUAGAGAUGCAUUGAGAACGAGAAGUGUAUGGACUGUGCUUGUCCAAUAAAAUGCUUCUCAGCAGGGAAUUAUUGAAUCCUAUGAUUUCCAACGGUCAGCGUUUUGAAGACUUUCAACAAUAAACACUACAUAACUACAAACUCCUUCAGUGCAGAAGCUUCUCUAGUGUGAAUCCUACAAUUAAAUAAUUCCUGAAUAUACCUAAAAGCAAUGUUUUAGAUUGCAGGCCUAAAACAACAGGGGUGCUGCAUCCAUGCCACUUCAUUUAGCUGAAGUGGUCUGGGUGCCUUUAAUGAUCCUUUAAAUUGUUCAUUGACUUUCAGAAUCUUUGAAUGCCUUCAGAGCAGGUCUGGUGACUAUAAAUAUCACUAUAUAACUCAAUGUACAUGCAUGCAUGCAUUGUUUUUCUAAUAAUAAUUGUGUCUGAAGGAAGACUUGUGUAGGGCACCUUUAUCUUUAAAUCCAAUUAGAACUGCUAAUUUGGUAAGCCUGUUCAUAAAUGUUUUAUUUACCAAUAAUGUUUAUGUUGCACUAUGUGUAUGAAUUUGUACAUAGAGUGGCCUAGCUAAAAUGUAUAAAGUCCAUUUGUGCUUUCUGGCAUUGAAUUUUCUUUAUCAAUCAGCAAUUAUGAUAUGUAUAUAUAUGUGUGUGUGUGUGUGUGUGUAUAUAUAUAUAUAUAUAUUUGUGUGUGUAUUCUUAUAUCUGUGUAUAUAUAGACUUCUUUUAUUUACAAUAUAUCUACUGCUUAUUAAGGUAUAACAUUCCCAUUGGUCUUCAUGCCAAUCUCUCAGAGGGCAUCCCGGUCUCUGCUGAGUUACGUCAGAAAUCUUCCCUUGUUAACUCUGAAGGUGUCUUUCUUGGCAAGAUGGGCAUACGGAAAGCACUGGCACUAGGACAGCUCAGCAUGCCAGAGGUGAGGGUCAAUUUAGCUCUGAAUACAAAGCACUUUUCUGUAUCAAUUGUUGCUCAGAGUUUCUUAAAAAUAUGUGACUUAUACAAUUUUAAAAUGCAUUUGUUCAAAAUAUGUGUCUUUCUUCUUUCUUCUGACCAUUUGUUUUGCUCUAUAGGUCCGACAGGAGCUGCAAGCACAGGUCAGUCUGUUUAGAGAGCUGACAGGGCAAACUCCCCAACAUAUGGAUGGUCAUCAGCAUGUCCACAUUUUACCAAGUAAGAGUCCAAGAUUACAACACUUACUUAUAAUUUAACUCUGUUUUAAGUAAGAAUCAGUUUAUCAUGCUACAUUAAGCAACCUAACAAUUAUGUCCUAUAAAUUAAAAUGAUGUGCUCUUAAAGGACCACUAUAGUGCCGGGAAAACAUACUCGUUUUCCUGGCACUAUAGUGCCCUGAGGGUGCCCCCACCCGCCCGGCUCUGGAAGGGGGAAGGGGUAAAAACUUACCUUUUUCCAGGGCUGGGCGGGGAGCUAUCGUCCUCCUCUACUCCCCGUCGGCUGAAUGCGCACGCGCGGCAAGAGCUGUGCGCGCAUUCAGCCGGUCGCAUAGGAAAGCAUUAUCAAUGCUUUCCUAUGGACGCUUGCAUGCUCUUACUGUGAUUUUCACAGUGAGAAGCACGCAAGCGCCUCUAGCGGCUGUCAAUGAGACAGCCACUAGAGGCUUUGGGGGAAGGCUUAACCCAUUCAUAAACAUAGCAGUUUCUCUGAAACUGCUAUGUUUAUAAAAGAAUGGGUUAACCCUAGAAGGACCUGGCACCCAGACCACUUCAUUAAGCUGAAGUGGUCUGGGUGCCUAGAGUGGUCCUUUAAGAUAAUCUCACAUUUUCCCCUUAUACUUUACAAUCUCAUUGUAAGUUCAGACCUGCUGUCACAGGCAAGCAAAGGGGAGAAGGGACUUCUAGAGCUAUUUUUGGGAGACAGAAAUAUUGAGCAGCUCUCGCUGAACAGCACUUUCCAGAACUGCGCUCUCAGCUCUUGCACUUGAGCAGCAAUAGUGAGUGUAUUUAAUCGACUAUCAAUUCUUCCCGAUUCUGAGGGUGCUGUGCGGAAGUCAAAUGGAACCGGCAACCUGUUUCAGGCUGCACCCACUACAGGAGGGUUUCCGGAAUCCUAUAUAUUGUGUGUGCUUAUGGAUCUGUCUGUAUAAGAACAGGAAACUGUUUAUCUAGGAAGUCCAGCCAUUGUUGAGUUUUGUUUUAUUUGCUUUUUUUUUUGUUUGUUUCUUUAAGGGGCUCCAAAAAAUAUCUUGGCAGCUCAGGCUCUGCCAACUAUAUUAUAUCUUGAAUAUCAUUACAUUAUAUAAUCAAGCAUGCAGUUAUUUGUUCUCAUAAAGUGAAAUUUUUUUAUUUAUUUAUAAUAAACAAUUAAUGGACAUCACAAGGCAGGAUUCAAGAAAUAAAUUCCUAUGUUCAAGCCAGGCCCUAAAGGUUACUCACCACAGCAAGCCUGGAAGGUCCAUGACACACUAACCAGGGGUGGAUUUAUACUCACCGGGACUGGAUUUUAAGUCCUUGAUGAAUAAUGGAGAUUUGAAAGUUUGAGUCCUAAUAUAAAACAUGUUUAGUAUUUUUUUUUUUUUUUUACCUAUAAAUGCAUUUUGAAUAUAUAUAAUAUAUUUUUUUGUGAAUAAGGUUUUUAUUUUGUUUUUCAAGUAAGAGGUAACGGUGAGACUGGCAGGUCUCUUUAGUCAUGUCUUUAUACGUCUCAUAGUAAAGAAGGCAUUGGUACAGAUUGUGCACAUUGUCAAUUUGACGAGAUUUAAACUGUCGUGAGACACGCAGGUCUCUUGCCUGUCACUAUUUUUGCGGCACGCAGGCCCAAGGUAGAUCUCAAUCUUAUGGGUGAGGUGUGGAGGCAUCGGAUAUUGUGUGUUGUGUCUGUUGGGUUGCUUUCUGCCCCUGUGUCUUAAGUUAGUUUUUCCGUUCUCAGGUGUUCGGGUGUGCGGUUUUUGCACUGUUGGCAUUCAGUGGCGUGCAGUUGCUUUCUUCCCGUAUCCCUGUGUGUUGUGGUUCUGAGAGACUAUGUGGAUUUGGGUUUGGUGGUGCUAUCCCCUGUACCUCCUGUCGAUGGUAUUCCGUUGGGCUUGUGCGUCCGUGUGCAUUGUUCCGUUAGCUUGUGUGUAGUGUUGGGGGGGCGGGGGUGUAUUGGGGUCGAGUUGUCUAGGGUGGGGGGGGGUGCGUCUCUGUCUGGGUUAUGUCUGUCCAGUUUGUCUCUUAGUUUAUCGGUCUAUGCGGCCUCGCCACCUCGUCAUCUACGUGUCAUACUUGAGGCCUAUUUGUGAAUUCUGCCUUGGUAGUAGUCAGUAUCCAGUGGUUCCAUAUUUCAAUAUACCUGUCUGGGGAGUUGGAUGUGUUCAUGAUGAGUUCUUCCAUUUGGGUGAACCAAGUUGUCAACGGGGGCGAUAUUGUUUGCUUCCAGAAUUGAGGGAUCACUUGUUUGGCAACAUUUAAGAUUCUAAUAGUUAGUGAGUGUUUGUAUCGGGAUCUAGGCGAUUUUGUGUGGUGUAGGAGCAUGUUUUUAGGGAGGAAGGGAGGUGGUGUGUCUGAGAAGGUUUUGAGGAAGCCGUGUAUGCCCCGCCAGAAGGGUCGUAUAGCCUCGCACUCCCACCAUAGGUGGAGCGCGGUGCCGGCCUCCUUAUUGCACCUCCAGCAGAGGUCUGUGUUUUCCGGGUCUAUGGCAUGGAGUAUGAUUGGGAUGCGGUACCAGUUCGUCAGCAGUUUGAACGCCGUUUCCUGCGUCCUGCUGAAGACUGAGCAGUGAUGCGUUAAGUAACACAUCUUCUCCCAGUCUCCGUCAGUGAAAGUUUUCCCCAGUGUUUGUUCCCAUCUCCCCAUAAAUUUGGGUUUCUCCGUUGGAGUCUCCCUCUGUAGCAUGGAGUAAAUGAGUGAGAUCCCGUGCGGUUGUGGGUCUGGGUCCAUACACAUUCUUUCGAAUGUGGUGGGGUUCCGUUUCCGUGCUAUGCGCCCCGGGAGAGUAUGAACGUAGCUCUGUAGCUGUCUGUGUUUUAGGUGGUGUAGGAGGUUGGGGGUAGAUCCCUCUAAUAGGGUCGGGAGCGUUUUGCAAUUAGUUCCGUCCAGGAGGUGGUGUAGUCUAGGUGUCUUGUGUCGGAGCAGGUCUCUGAAUGCGUUGGGGUCUAGUCCCGGUGUGAAACUGUCGUUGUGUGUUAGGCGGAGCAGGGUGGACGGGAACGGCGCUAGUCCACAUCUCUUUGCUACUCUCCCCCACUCCUGUAGUGUUGCAGUUGUGUAGGGUGAGCCCUGUCCUCCGGUCCCUCCGCUCCUCUGCCAAGGUAGAGUGGACAGCGGUUUCCCUGCUUCCGUUUCCUCUAUUUCUUUCCAUUGAAUAUAUAUCAUAAUAAGGUGCCAUCAUAUGCGCAUUAAGUAAAAUUCACACGAACCGGCUUUACAUCAAUAUUACACUGAUCAGCCACGACAUUAAAACCACCUGCCUAAUAUCAUGUAGGUUCCACUCAAGCUGCCAAAACCGCUCUGAUGCAUUGAGGCAUGGACUCCACCAAACCUCUGAACAUGUUCUGUGUUGUUCCAGUGCAUCCCACGAAUGUUCGAUUGGAUUGAGAUCUGGGGAUUUUGGAGGCCUUUAACUCUGUCAUUUUUCUUAAACUAUUCCUAAACCAUUUAUGCAGUGUGGCAGGGUACCUUAUCAUGCUAAAAGAGGCCACUGCCAUCAGGGAACACCAUUGCCGUGAACUUGUGAAAGUGGUUUGCAACAAUCACAUGUUGGUGGUACAUGUCAAAGUAGUGGUACGUGUCAAACCAGUAAUGGCAUUACUAUGCUCCCAGGGAAUUCGGUCCAUCGUAUAUAUGGACGAUAUCCUCCUCAUGGCACAUGACCAGAAGACUCUACACCUUCAUACGAUCAUGACCUCAGCUUUAUUACAGAACCUUGACCUUUGAUCAAUCUCCAGAAUUCAUCUCUCACCCCAUCUCAGACAGUGCAAUUCCUUGGAUUCCAGAUAGAUUCUGUUCAGGCAGUUCUACAACUUCCUACAACAAAAAUCAAAUCCAUCAAAAAGGACAUUCGAAGGAUGCUGGUGUCACCAUAUCUCUGCCUGCAGGACCUAGCCCGCAUCAUCGGCUUACUCUCUGCUUCAAUACAGGCAAUAUUCCCUGCCCCAUUACACUACCGCUAACUACAACACCUAAAAACACGUUACUUGCAUCAGUCGACAUCUUACGAUCAGCAGAUCACACUCACAGACGAGGUCCGGCUAGAACUCAACUGGUGGCUACAUCAUAUGGAAGCUUGGAACGGGAGAGCCAUCUUCGGAUCGCAACCCGAUUUCAUUCUGGAGUCAGAUGCCAGCCUUCUCGGAUGAGGCUUGAUUUUCUCAGAACAUUCUACUCUGGUCCCAAUCGGAAUGAGCACUUCAUAUCAAUUGCCUCAAACUAAUUGCAGGUUUCUUCACAAUCCGCAGGUACGACAAGCACGUCUACAAUUGUUCUUUGGUUCUGAAGAUGGACAAUGUGUCAGCGGUUCGCUAUGUGAACGAAUUGUAAUAGUUGUGCCUGGACAGGAAUAAAGUUGCAAGAAAAAGUAUGUGACCCCUUUGGAAUGAUAUGGAUUUCUGCACAAAUUGGUCAUAAAAUGUGUUCUAAUCAUCAUCUAAGUCACAACAAUAGACAAUCACAGUCUGCUUAAACUAAUAACACACAAAGAAUGAAAUUUUGCCAUGUUUUUAUUGAACACACCAUGUAAACAUUCACAGUGCAGGUGGAAAAAGUAUGUGAACCCUUGGAUUUAAUAACUGGUUGAACCUCCUUUGGCAGCAAUAACUUCAACCAAACGUUUCCUGCAGUUGCAGAUCAGACGUGCACAACAGUCAGGAGUAAUUCUUGAUCAUACCUCUUUACAGAACUGUUUCAGUUCAGCAAUAUUCUUGGGAUGUCUGGUGUGAAUCGCUUUCUUGAGGUCAUGCCUACAUGCCUAAUGUAGGGUAAUAACUGCUUGAUCCAAGGAUAAAUCUGACUGCCAUUCUGGGGUCAAGAAUGAAUUUUUUUCCUAGCUUGUUGCAAAAUUGUGCUUCAAACUGGUUUUUUUUUGCCUUCUUUUGGAUCAACAGCAAAAAACAAAUGUGAGGUAGGCUGAACUUGAUGGACGCAAGUCUCUUUUCAGCUAUGUAACUAUGCCACAGAAUCUCAAUCGGGUUGAGGUCAUUUUGUAAAUGUCAUGGCAGCAUGUUUUCAGUAACAUCCAACAAGGACUAAACAGCAAAAAAAAACUUUAAAAAAAAAAAAUGCAAAGUAACAGUAGUAUGGUCAACUACUUCUGGGUAUGUCCCAAAGCGAGACCCAAUCCUUCUCCGCUAUCCCCCACACCAGGGUUCCCCUUAAUCCUGUUAAAAAUAUUUAAAGACUUAAAAAUGUCAUUGUUAGUAUAGUAACCUUCUGUAAAAUGAGGCAAUUUAGAUCAGUAUGUAUAACUAUAUUAUGUUUUGUUGUUGCUAUAAUUUGUAGUCAUUGUGAUAAACAUCAUUAGCCAUACCCACUUAAUUUUACCAUCUUUGCUGUCCAUACAGGUCUGCCUUUGUAUGUAUCAAAUAGGAUCACCCCCCCAUACAAAGGCAGACCUGUAUGGACAGCAAAGAUGGUAAAAUUAAGUGGGUAUGGCUAAUAACCUAGGAGUCUGCCAGAGUGGUUUCUCUGUUUCCCACGGAAAGACUAUAUGGUUGCGUUCGGGUCAUUGGCCUCCGCCUGGUCCUACGAAGGCCCAGGUAAACGUAAUUUUUUUAAAGGAAAAUAUAACUUGGAACUAAAUCAUCCUCUUUUGCAAUGGACUAGCUCAGGAGGAUAGAUGAAAUUUCCAGGAAUAAUCCCCAGCGAGGUGGAAAAUGUUUUCGGGUCUCCCUGAGGGAGGAGGGGCAGGGAGGAAGGUUUUUCACUUGUGGAAUGCCAGGAUUUUGAACAGAAAGCAUCAUUCAAAUGGGAUAUUGCGUGCUCAGCAGACCCGCAUAAGGCUGCCAUGCCCUACAUUUCUCUAGCGUAAGUGGGGAAACCGUUUGAAAAAUGGAGAGGGGCUGUCUCUUUUAUGAGGCUUGAUAUCCUCUGCAUUUGCAGAUGAUUGCAUCCCUGGUGGUGGUGUGGUGAAAUCUGACAAUCUCUUUGUGUGUGUGAAGUCAAUCUCUCAUAUGGCCUAUGGUAAAUCUAUAUACACAAUAUAGAUGUUAAUCCACCAGAAACUGUUGGCCAAAUCCUCCAAUAGUAUCUUUGCCUCUUCCAGCCUAGUGCAGAGGUUGUUGGUAUUUCUUUUUUUAAUUGGCUUGUUCCCUAAACUCUUUAGAUUACUCCCCCACAUCCCCCAUGUUAGCACUGAAAUAAGAUAAAACCAAACUGAUGUAUUCUAGCACUGGUAGAGUAUCCUUACUAUACCCCAAUCUGCCACCUGUGAAAUCAUCAUUACUGUUGACUUGUGUCCAUUUAGAUGUUUCUCAUAGAAGCAUUGGGACACACCAACAAUGUUUCUCAUAGUGAAGUAUUAAAACCCUUGGUCCAAUACGAGAAGCCCUCACUUCCACUUUGAACAACAGUCCAAAGCAAAUGAGGUAGAAAACAAAGGGGUAUUAUAAACAUUCAGAUUUUUCUUGAAAUCUGUAUUUCUAUAAAAUGAGUUUGAAGGUACAUGCAGUAAACCCCUAAAGAUCUUCAGCAAGCUAACAUUUUUAAGGGUACUGAGGUGCCUGUUGAAAUGUUCUAGUCUAUUGGUCAACCGUGCUGAUUGCUCCACUUUUAAAACUUUGUUUAACUAGUGCUCUUCAUAGAUAACCUUCAUUAUUUAGAUCUAAUACAUAUGUAAAAUGAAGCUAUUAAGAUUGAACGAUUAGUAUCUUGAUUGUGGCUGAUGUUUUAAUUAGGAAUCCGUGAAGAGUUUGCUCAAGUGCUGCAUGAAAACGGAAUUCAUUACACAAGACUGCCAGUGGAGCUAGGCCUUCACAGGUGUGACUGGAUCCCUGAGGAACGUAUGGUGUUUAAUAGAGCAGUACAGGAAGAUGCUCUGAAUUCUGUGGGGAUAUUCAAGAGCUAUGGCCUUAGGUAAGUUAUCUAAUUAUAUGGGAAAGAGGGUCCAGGGAUGACCACGACUUUCUUGCUUUCUCUAUGUUUCUUCCUCUGCACACAAAGAAAAACAUCCCUUGAGGUUAAUCUAUCCUGCCAGACUGCUUUGGAUAAGGAAUACAUUUGAGAUUUUUUAGAAAUGUAUAUUCCCCAUCCUCCUAAUGCUUAUUGUUGUUUUAACCCCUUAAUGGCUAGUGACAUGCCUGACAGAUUAUGAUGUAAAUAUAUUUGCCGAUCACCUGGUCAUUAGGUUUGGGUAAUUUCAUUACACACACAGCAUCAUAGACAAAAAAAUAUUAAGUCAAUUAAAUCAGGCUUACUUAAUGCCACCGUGAAAGUGUUAUGCUGGUAAAUUGCCAUCGCUAUCUUGACUUGGGUGAAGUAUACUUGCCACAACAAAGCACCUUUAAUCUAGAAAGUACCAUAAUUAACCUAAAGAUAUUGUGAACACAAAAGCUAUGUAUAAUGUGGAAAAAUAUACUGUGGAACCUUUACAAUCAUCAGCUUGUGUGCACCUAUGGAUAAUUUCUGCAGAUAUUAAGCCCUUAUUGCGGCAGUCAUACCUCAGAAUCAUGUAUACACAAUUUUUACCAAUUGCAAGGAAAAUUGGUUCAAUGCAAAUUAGUUCCUCCCCUGUGAUUGGCAGAGAGCCAGCUCUGAGUUGUGUUCUGUCGCUGUACUGACUGCUGAGGAAAUCUAAACAUUUCCCUCAAGAGGUAGUGAAAAAGUUGCAGGUCUGCACCUCCAGCAGGUGCAGAUCACUGCCAAUGCUCCGUCGCAGUCUCAGACGGAAAAGGGAUCAUUCAAACUGGUCUUCACCUAGGCAGCAGACCUACAGCUUGGCCCCCUGAACCACCAGGGAACUGAACUGGGUAUAUUGCCCUCCUCCCUCACACUUGCACACCAGUUUGUUAAUUAACAUUACUUGGGUCUCCGGGUCUGCUGGGCCUAGGUUAGUGCAUUUAUAUUUUUUUAAGUAUGGAUUGCCUUUUUGGAAAUAAAAAUAUUUUAUUAAACCCUCCUAAACUAGGGAAGACACCUUGUACAACGAUGCCUUCUUUUGAAGUCAAUGUUAAAAUAAAUAUUACUUCACAAAAGACUUGUACCUCACUCAUGUAGCAUCAAAGUUUAAUGAGGAAGGUCCAUUAAAUGUAAUGAUUUAUUCAAAAUUAAAAAAGGAGGGGGGCAAAAGUCCUCACACCCAAAUUAAUAAGAAGGUACGGAAUUGAGGGGAAAGAUGCAGCAGAACUAAAAACAUUAUUUUUUAUUUUUCCUUUUUUUUUUUUGUCACUGUAUAUAUCUAUACCUGUAUAGCUAAUUGUCUUUUGAAUAUUGUCCUAUAUAUAAUCAUAAACUUUCAUGGGGACUUUGUUGGAUGUUACACGAGUGCAGUUGAAGUCUUUUUUCCUUUACAUAGAACAAGAAAAAACUUGUUAUAGUGCCAAUUGAUGUAGCGGCACAAAACUUUUUGUGUUUUUCUAAUAAUCACACAAACAAAAUAAAUAGAAUUUAUCUUAUUGCUGCUGUGGAGUUAUAAGCAAUUAUUCUAACCGAAUUAAUAUUUGAUUUGCAGGUGGCCGGAUCUAUACAUUGGUCUCAGCACAAUGGGGAAGCACAUGUCGACGCAUAACAUCCAGAGAGCAAUUGAGUAUGGAAUCCUGUCUUUGCAUAGCAGUCUUUCCCCAGGGCACUCAACCCAAUCUAGCAUCUGCAUGACAAUUGAACUGAUGACUCACCCUGGUUACCCCAGUAUGCCGCAAGAAGGGGGCUGUGGGGAGGGUCCAGAUGAUUUCUCACAAUCCAGGGAUAGACUGCAUGAGUUAGAGAUCUUAAGAGACCCAUCAUUACACAGUUAUUAUAAUAACAAUAAUGUACACUUAUGUAGUUUCAAAGAUCUAUAACACUUGGAGUGGAAAUUUACCUCUUGCACUCAUUACAGGGAUUUUGCCAGCGUGCCUAUUUAAAGGCUUGAUGGGAUGGAUUUACACCAUGGUCAGUAUAGCCGUUUAAUGUUUAACAGGGCAGGAACUUUAUAGAGCUGCCCUGACUCCAAUUUUGGUUGAUUACUACUUUUGAAGUGGUUUUUUAUUUUUCUUGUUUUUAUUUUAAACUUUGACAUUGAUAUUAUUUGAAGAUUUUCAUUUUUGUUGAAAUAAGCAGCUGUUCUAAUGCCACAAGUGACAUUUAUGGUGUUAGGGGGUGGUGAGAAUGGUAUACAGGGGAAUAUAGUUGAUACUGGCUGAUAUACAUUCCUAAUUAACUUUCAGAAAGUUUAUAGUUCCAGUUCCCUCACUUGCAAUGACCCAUUCCACCAUUACAUGUUCCAUCACAAUCAAGGACCUGUUUGAGAAUUACAGCAACUUAUUUUCAAAGACUUAAUUAAUAUUACAUUUCACCCAACUCUUUCUAGUAAAAUGAUGAAAGGAAAUUAGGCAACACUUCUUCCCCAUAUUGGCCUUAGGGAAUGUAAACUAUUGAAUGUGUAUAUAUCCAUCAGAAAUGAUUCAUACAUGUCAGAUAUUUUCCUUUCCUGGGCCAUGGCAGCACUACUCUCAGCUUAGCUCAUCCUAUCACUCCCACUGGACAGAAAUUAAAUUAUAAAUAUCACCCGUAGCGCUGGAUCACCCUAGUUUCAUUCCCACCAUGGUGGAAACAAAGUGGAAAUCCAGCAAAUGUGACGAUUGGACAAUAGAAUGCUUCUCAUUAGACUAAUGCUUCCUCGUGGAACUCUCACUUCCAUUUGAACAAUCAUUCAAGCAAAGUGAACAAGGAAGCCCUCCUGGCAGUUAGCAUGGCUACCAGGGAUUGUUCUUAAAUUUAUAAAAGUGAUGAUUUCUCGUGAAAUUAGCACUUUUAUGAAUUGGGACAAGAGAGGCAUGCAGUUAACUUGGACUUUACCAUAUAGAUCAAAGCAGCAAUAGGCCUCUGUUGGAGGCACUGUGGAGGCCUGCAGGAGGUUGCCGUUGGUGUCCUGCAGCUUGCAUAGGGGAGAGACUGAACUCUUUUACGCAAGGAACCAAAAUAUUUAUUGUAAGACACACUGACAAUGUAUAUGUAUUCACAUACACAUGGUGAAAUGAGACAAGAAACAUCUACGUCAGAUAAAAAUAAGUCCUGCGCACCUUCUGAGUAGUCAGCAAACCUUUUUUUAUCAGCUAUCAGUGCAUGGAAGACGUUUCACCAACUAUCCUGGUCUUUUUCUAGACUUGACAAAGUCCAAUAAAGUGGUCAACAUGUCUUCUAUGCACUGUUAAUGAAUAAAAAGUAUUUCUGACUACUAGGGUGUGCAGGAUACUCAUUUUUAUUUAUCUGACUACUUACCUGGACUGCAGAUCCAGUAAAUUGCACCUUUGCUCCUGUAUUAGCGUGCUGGUCACUGCACACUUGUUUAAGGGGGAAAAACACUGUGACCACCCUAUAUUGCUGUUGCCAGUUAUAACGUAAUUUUGUGUUUAGUAAGCAUGAUGGGAGAUGCUUAUCAACAGAGAGCUAUUUACUAAAAUGAAAAUUCAUGGCGAAGUCCAGAGUAGCUGAAAUGAAAGCAUAGCUAAACAUGAAUCUCACUUUACAUUCUCACUAUGAGUAUAUAUAAUGCUACACGUGUACUACUGCCAGGAUUGGGGAAAAUAAUAUUUUAUUAAAUAUAUUUUUUGUGAAGUAUA